ACUAGUCAGACCCCCGGCCUCCCUCACUGGCGUGGCCGCUCCAGGCUCGGCCUCUCCGGUGGCUGCAGGACGGCGCAGACGCACUGCUUCCGCCUUCCUCCAAUCUCGACCCUCGACGCGUUCCGUUCGUGCGUGGAGGAACCGGGCGGGCGGAGAGGCAUCUCCGUGGGCCGGGGCUGCGGGGUGUGGAGCGGGUCGGCCCAGCGACGGCGCGGAUGGAGGACUCGCAGGUGUUCUGCGUGGCCGAGGAGCGCAGCGGCCACUGCGCCGUGGUGGACGGAAACUUCCUCUACGUGUGGGGGGGCUACGUGUCUAUUGAAGACAAUGAAGUAUAUUUGCCUAAUGAUGAAAUUUGGACCUAUGAUAUUGAUAGUGGGUUGUGGACAAUGCACCUCAUGGAAGGAGAACUCCCUACCUCCAUGUCAGGAAGUUGUGGUGCUUGCAUUAAUGGAAAGCUGUACAUUUUUGGAGGAUAUGAUGACAAAGGAUACAGCAAUCGACUUUAUUUUGUUAAUUUGCGAACCAGAGAUGGAACCUACAUUUGGGAAAAAAUCACCAAGUUUGCAGGAAAACCACCCACACCACGUGAUAAACUUUCUUGCUGGGUGUAUAAAGACAGAUUAAUAUAUUUUGGUGGCUAUGGGUGUAGGAGACACAAUGAACUCCAAGACUGUUUUGAUGUUCAUGAUGCAUCUUGGGAAGAGGAGAUAUUCUGGGGAUGGCAUAAUGAUGUUCAUAUAUUUGACACAAAGACAAAGAGUUGGCUUCAACCAGAAAUUAAAGGUGGAGCUCCCCCACAGCCACGGGCCGCGCAUACCUGUGCAGUUCUUGGAAAUAAGGGCUAUAUCUUUGGUGGACGUGUUUUGCAAACUAGGAUGAAUGAUUUGCAUUACCUGAACUUAGAUACCUGGACUUGGUCUGGAAGGAUUUCAAUUAAUGGAGAAAACCCUAAACAUCGAUCAUGGCAUACUUUAACACCAAUAGCUGAUGAUAAACUUUUCCUGUUUGGUGGACUAAGUGCGGACAAUAUUCCAUUAAGUGAUGGUUGGAUUCAUAAUGUCAUAACAAAUUGUUGGAAACAAUUGACACAUUUACCUAAAACAAGACCCAGGUUAUGGCACACUGCCUGUUUGGGAAAAGAAAAUGAAAUAAUGGUAUUUGGUGGGAGCAAAGAUGAUUUACUUUCCUUGGAUACAGGUCACUGUAAUGAUUUAUUGAUCUUUCAAACACAACCUUAUUCACUACUCAGGUUAUGCCUUGAUUGCAUUGGUAAAAAUGCUAUAAUUUUAGAAAGUCAAAUAUCUUUAUUACCUCCUAAACUUCUGCAACAAGUACUCAAAAAAAUCACAUUUUGGACUGCAGCUAAGCACCGAGAUGAACAAAGAGCCCAAAAAGAAGAAACAGAAAAUAAGUGUCAGUGGAUCAGUAGGAAUUAAAUUGUUAUAUAUUCUCUAUAUUUAGUGUGUUUAAACAUUUAAAUCAGACUGUAUAUUUACACCCCAAACUGGAGUCUUUCUUUAGAAGAUAAAAUUUGAAGCAAAAAUGCUAUGUUAAAGUGAUUACAUAGCAUAGGAUAUAUGGGAAUGAGAUGUUAAUGACAGAUUAAUUUAUAUUUCUAAAAUAAAUUCCUUAUGAACUGCAGAAAAAGUAUACUUUCUGAAAGUAAGGAUAAUUGUAGGAGACUUAAGUCAUUGUGUAUUCACUACUGGAAAGAUUAUACAAAUUUGAGGAGAAUAAGAAAUUACUCAAGGACUUUAGAAAUCAUAAUGAUAUAUAAAUUAAUGAUAAUGAUACAUACAUAAAAACACAACAUAUCAACUUUUAGAAAGAUUUUCUCAAGUCACUUAAAAAUUUUUAAGUCUUCUCAUUAAAUAACUGUUAUUUAACACCUUCUUAAAUAACAUCUCCUAAUACAGCUGGCCCAAUUAUAAAAUAGGCAAACACUGGUGUGGUAGUAAAUGCGGAGUGCCUGCCCUUCUGGCACUCAUCUAGGAAAGCAGCCUCAGGCAUUAGCAAAGCUUUCCCCUUUUCUUUCUGUAGGUUUUCUUCGACCUUUAUUUGGGUAUGGAAAUAAAUGGAUUCAAUUGCUUUCCAUUACCCCUAAUUUAUUUGUCUAAACUAAUAUAUAGAUACCUAGCUAUAUAUAUUUAUAAAGACUAAUACACUAUAUAUGUCUAUAGUCUAUUAGUCUAUAGUCUCUCUAUAUAUUAGUGUAUAUAUAUAAAGACCAUGUUUUAAAGUUUCUAAAAUGGAGGUUUAUUUGUCAUACAGGCUUUGAAUUAUUGAGGGGGAGUAUAUUUAUUAAUUGAUGAGACAUUAAAAUGUAUUUUGCCUUGAAGAGUGCUUCUACAGUAGUUUUCAUAAAUAAUGAAAUGGAAUGGUAAUGUAGUAAUUUGCCUUUAUUGAAACCCCUCAGUUUGGCCCACCCCAUUCUACAAAGUCGAUG